GUCACUAUAUAUAAUAUGCAUUUGUUUUGUCUACAAUAAUUGUUCGAUUUCGCGUUAUUCUGUGGCUAAUUUAACAAUAUCAAUACUUUGUUAAACAUGUGAACUAGUGUUAUAGUGUUUAUUUGAAUAAGUUUCUAGUUAACUGCAUCUGCCAAGCACCAGCAAAGUUUGUCAUAAUAAAAAGACAGCGGACAGCUGAUCCAACAUUAGACUCACUCAAAUUUAUCACACCUGCGACAAAUUGAAAUAAAUUAUUCACAUAAUCACUAAUUUAUGCAAAUACAAUUAGUAUCAGCAUAAACAUACAACAAUAAUUACAAUUUGUUUGGAUAUGGCCAUGCCGAGAAGCUUAGUUGCAAAGAUUUACGAUAUAAAAGCGCACGAUGGCAAGGUCACUAGCCUCGAUCUGGGUGAGACGGGACGCGUUUUGGUCACUGGUGGUGAAGAUCGGAAUGUCAACCUCUGGGCAAUUGGCCAAGAUGAAUGCUUUAUGUCAUUAACUGGACACAAUCGUUCCAUUGAAUGUGUGCGCUUUGCUUAUAAGGAUAAUUUCGUCUAUUCAGCCGAUGAUAUUGGCAUCAUACGAAGAUGGGAUUUGAAUGCUCAGAAAGUAUAUUCAACAUUAAAUGGGCACAUGAAAAGUGUGCGUACAUUAGACUUUAAUCCAUCAGGAGAGUACGUGGUGUCUGGGAGUAAUGAUACAACAGUCAGACUAUGGGAUGUGCAGAAUGAAAAUAAAUGCAUUAAAGUUUGCAAGGGUCAUAUAUCUCAUGUGAACUCAGUGAAAUUCUCACCAGAUGGACUCUGGAUUGCCUCCGCUGGCCUGGAGGGCUCUAUAUUGAUAUGGGAUAUACGGAAAAGCAAACAAAUUAUGGAAUUUAUUGACGAACCACCUGUGACAGCCAUCACUUGCAUACAAUUUCAUCCAUUUGAGUUUUUACUCGCGGCUGGUCGUGUGGAUGGUACCGUCUCUAUCUAUGAUCUGGAACAUCAGCAGCUAGUGUCGCAGACAACACACUUUUACGGGCAGGCAAUUAGAUGCAUUACAUUUAGUGAGGAAGGAGAUUGUCUGUUUGUAGGCAGCGCUGCGGGUAUAUCUGUUAUUGGCUGGGAGCCAGAUCGAGAACUAAAUCAUAUCAAGAGUACUUGGGCCUCACUAGUUGAUAUGAAAGUUGUUAAAAAUAAGCUAAUUUGUGGCUGCCAUGAGAUUGAUACUGUGUCUAUAAAUGCAAUAAGCCUCGAUUGCACAUCGCCGGUCUACAAUCCGCCCAAUACUCAGGCAAGCUUCAAACACAACUCAACAAAUCGGAAAAGUUUUUCGCGUGGCAAUCAAAAGUUUCGCUUAUCACUUGGCGGCUCCAAGCCAGCCAAGGUGGAUGAGGAGCACGAGGAAAAUAAGAGUCAACACUUUGACGAGCUAUCAUCGCCCAGCUUAAGCCUUGAAGUUGUCAAUGAAUCAGAGCAAAUUGAAACUUUACCCCUGUCCUCCCUAAAUCAGCUGCAGCGACCAAUUAGUGUCGCAUUUGAGCCGAACGUAUACAAUGCUGCCAUUGAUCCUGCACUCAAGCAUAAUAUAACAUAUAGUAUAGAUGCUAAUUAUAGCUAUGGCAUGGAUGUGGGCUCCAGCCGUUUGUUACACAUUAAUGGACCAAGUUCACUGCAUGUGCCAGAUGAUUAUAGCAACAUAUACUCAAUUGAAAAGGAUGAUAUCUUAGGCGCUGUACCUGAUGUCGAAUAUAAUCCAAAUGAGAGCAAUCCGCCGAUUCUAACCAAUUAUGAUAACGAUGAAAUGGCUGAAGAUUUUCCCGUAAAUCAGAAUUUAAACUAUUUCGUGUCCAACUACAAGGCAACACCAGCACCCACCAUUAACGCCACCUCAAAGUCCAUCAAAAAGACAACCACAAAUGUGCACAAGCGAAGUACAGCGAUUAGCAAUACCAAACAGACAUCGACGGCAAUAUUUGGCAGCAACAAGCUUGGUCAAGCGUCCUCGGUUAGUUCAAUGGAAUUGCACAAGCUUGAUGACAACAUGGUACUCAAGAAAUCAUCCUCCUCAAAUGUGGUAAACAAAAACAAGCGACCCAUGGCUACGCAAAGUCAAUUCUACAAAGAGAAUACACAGCAAAAGAAUAUAAAUGUGGAGAUUAUAACCAAACCGCCCAUGAGAUCGCGCACCACUUUAGACAUGCGUUCAACGCAGCAGGCCAAAGCUCAGGAAAAACAGCAAACACAUGCUAUGAACUAUCGUCCGGAUUUGAUACCAGCAUCAGGCAAGAAUAUGAAUCGAAAUUUUAUAGAUGAUCACAGUGAGUUUGAUAUGCUCUCAAGAUCACAUGAAGCGGUUCUACAGGAAUUGAGCAAUCGUCAAGCCAGUCUCGAUCUUGUAAGGCACUCAACGCGAUCAAAUGAUGUGCUGGGUGCGCUGAGAUUGGCCAAGGCUAGCGGGCAAACAACUUUUGUAGAUUUGCUGGGUGCAAUAAUAGAAAAACCCUCCUCAUGGAAUUUGGAUUUUUGCACAUUUGUCUUACCAGAGAUCUAUGAACUUUUGCAAAGCCAACACAAGUUUCACUUUACCAGAGCCUGUGAUACAUUGCGUAUCAUUUUAUCAAGCUUCUUGCCAACCAUACAGGAGAAUCUGGACUCUUGGGCUGCCAAUGGGCUGGGCGUUGAUGUAACGCGCGAGGAUCGCCAAAGGAAGUGUGCGCAUUGCCAGCGAUGGCUGCUGCUAAUUAAAAGUCUGCCCGAGAGCGUACAUUUUGGCUCGACGCUGUCACAGCUACAAAAUAUAAUAAUUUUUUAAUGAAAAGAAUAGAAGCGGAGAGGAGCAAACAAACUAAAAAAGGCAACGAGUAUUUAGUUGUAAAGUGUCCAGCAUUACAAAUGAUUUAAAUAAUACGUUUAAUUUGUUAUUGAAACUAAUUUAUAUAACUAUUAGUCUGUAAGUCUUCAUAAAAGUGAAUUAAAAACACACACAAAAUCCCAAAAAAUU